AUGUAAGCAAACUAUAACAAUAUCACACUUUUAUUUUUGUUUGUCUUACAAUUUAUUCAUAAAAUGUACUUUAUAUUCACAUUCAUUUGAUAUGAAACUGACACUUUUAUUAAAAAAUUAGCAAAAUAAUAAAAUAUCACGGUUUGUUCCUUAGAAUUUAACAAAGCGUUUUUUGAAAGCUGUCAGUGCUCAGUGCUGUCACCCGUUGCAUAGCAACGUGACUAAGUUAGUCAACAAACUAAAUAAAAUGUAAAACAAUGUCAUCGCUAUUGCUAAUUUUAUGGAUUAUUAGCCAAUGCCGUAGCAGGAAUGUCGAAGGAAAGCAAUAACCUGCGAUUGCUCGGCUCGCCGGUGAAUUUAACCUACAGAAGCAAGAAAAGAGAAGAAAAGAAAAACAUCAAAAACAGACCGCGGUCAGCGCUGCAAAAUUCCUGUGCGCUGGAAAAGGAUAACCUGGAAAGAUUUAAGAGGCCUUUUUCAGCAGAUACAAAAGAUAGAGCUCCAUCUACGAGGUCAUUCUUAAAAUCCUUCAGUGCUGAAUUGCUGCAGUCUUAUAACAACUCUCCUCUGACCAUAAAAGUUCUCCCACCGACGGAAGAGCUUCUCUCAAAUUCAAAGGUCCAUAUUGACACAGCAGUUAGUAAUGCAGCUAUAAGUAGCAAUGCUUCUGAUUAUGGCUCAGAAGACACUUUUAUUAGUCUAGGUACUAAAAUAAAAGCUAAGGCACAAUCAGGUAUUAAGAAUAGGAAUAUCAAUACUAAAAACUUCUUAAAGUACAGAAAUAUUGCCAAAAAAGGCCGAAAAGCUAUGGAGAGUUCUACAAAUGAGACAGGAAUUAACGGAAGAAAUAAUAAUUAUGGCGUCGAGGUAACUAUAAAAGAAAAAUCUCAAAGGCCAAUAUCACCUAUUCGAAAUAAAGACUUAUUUCAGCUAAGAAGUGCAUCACCUCAAUUCAAAGCUAGUACAUCUUAUGAAUCUUACUUCCUUUCCCUUAACGGUGACAUUAAAAAUGAAGAUGUAGCAGGAAGAGUUUCCUUUGCUCAACCUAUCAAUGAUGCCAAAAAAUCGAUGGAUGCAUAUUCUCGUCAUUCAUAUCUAACAAAACAACAACUUUCCCUAGUAGAAGAGGAAUCAAUACAAGAUCUUGACAGUAUUCCCUCUCAAAAUAACACUGUUAGUCUGUCACCAAACAAUUAUAUUAAUGAAGACCAACUAGUUAGCAACGAGAACUUGGAUGUUUUAAACUACGAGGAAGAUGACAAAAUUGAUAAUUGCAAAAAACAGUCGAACUUUUUUAUAAAUGAUACUAAGAAUUAUAGCAACUUUUACAACAACAUUCACGGAAACACUGAUCCAUAUAAAACUACAAUGUCAAGUACUAUUAUUCACACAGAUGCUUCAUCCAAAGAUUCUGGGUACCCAGAUAGUUGUACGAAAGAGGAAAAAAUCAUAACUACUAAUUAUUCGCUUCCUACAACUUCAUUUAAAGAGGAAAUUAAUUUUAACAUGCAUGAUCAGCCAAAAAGCUUAGAAAUUGUUAACGAAAAAGAUUACGCAAGUUCUCAAACUGAUAAGAAAUGGGUAGAGCCAUACAAUCACAGCAGGUUGCUUUAUAAAGAUUUCUUUUUAAAGAAAGAAGGCCACCUACCUAUGCCACCACAAAACACUCCAUCCAAAAGUAAUGUUAGCAUUCCUGGAACUAGCGAAAUUGUAAGUGAAACUAACCAGCCUGAAAACGAUAACUUAAAAUACCCUACAUAUCUUUUAAACAGUACUACAAAAGCUUACACAUCUAAAGUUAUUGAGGAUUAUAGAAAAGAAUUAGAGGCUAUAAACAAUCUCCACGAAUUGACUUUAAAAGAUAUAAAAACUGAUGCUAUUUCGCCAACACCGCUCAAUAUUGACGAAUUGUUUGAAAAUAAUUCUAAUAAAACAUCAGAUGAAUUCAGAGAUCCUAGUGAAAUUUCUCAAAAAAGUUUAACACUCAGUGAUCCUGUAAGCGAUAAAAAUUCUUUAGACGUUAAGCGCGAUAACAUUUCAAAAGUAACUACAAAAGAACUAAUUCAGAACUAUCUCAAAAUAAAAGGUGAUUAUACCAAAGAAGGCAAAAUGUUAAAGAAAUACGAAAAAAAAUUAAACAACAUUCAUUCAAAAGUUGAAGAGAAUGCGGGUUAUAAACAGUUUUGGAACAAUAAAAACACCAAAAAUAACAUCGAAAAAAAUAAUACCCCACUGAGAAAUCAAAAUAAUUCCGUUACAAUGCGAACUUCUACAAGCGCUAGAAUAGAUAGCGUGCAAAAUGAUAAAGAUAUUGAUUCGUGGAUGUCACUUUCGGCCCCAUCGCCCAGAGUUCUUGAUAUAGAUAACUUUGAAACAGCUACUGAAAUACCAAAAUCUAUCAAGGAAGAUGCAGUCAAUGUAAACAGCCCUACCAUAGAAGAAAUUAAGGAAACAGUUGAAUCCCAAAGUCCUUCAAUACCUAUUGAAACUCCAAAACAGACUAAAGACUUAAACUCAAAGUCUACAGUAUUAGAUAUUUAUUCAAUGCUAAAAGAAAUAGAAAGUUAUGGUGAAAAUCCUGUUACAUCUAUAAGUGACGUGAACGAAGGCGAUUCGGCUGAAGUUCAGGAGGAAGAAAGAUGUCCAACUCCUAAAGAUAACUUCAUGGAAAUUUUCGAAUUCUUGGAAAAAGUUGAACAAAGCGCGAAUGAUGCGCUCUCUGUCGUCACGAACACUACUCCUCAAUCUAUACCUAAAUUGGAAGCACUUCUCAAACUGCCGCAGACAGAGUUGGCUCAAAGACUCGUUACAGCUUCCCUUCAGCUGGAGGAAAGGUCGUGUUGUAUCGCGUUGCUUCAAGAGAGUCUAGCUAAUCAUAAAGAGCAGAUGAUAUCAAAAGUAAGCAACCUGGAGAAACAGUCCAAUAGAAACAUUGUUAAAAUGAAGCAAGAAUGUGAAGAAACUAUCAAGAGACAUCAAAACUUCAUUGAUCAGCUCAUAAACGACAAGAAAACGCUGAAUCACCGUAUAGAGCAGCUGGUGGACGAGAGGCGCUCGCUGGAGGAGCGCUGGAAGCGGUCCGCGCAGGCGCUGGAGGAGCGCUACAAGCUGGAGCUGCGGAACCAGCACGACAAGAUGGCCGCCGCGCAACAGGUAGCCAGACAAAGAUGGGUGCGACAAAAGGCAGAGAAAAUAAAGGAGCUAACAGUGAAAGGUUUAGAAGGCGAACUGCGCGAGAUGGCAGAACGACAACAGAAGGAAAUAACUGAUCUCAAGAUGCACCAUGUGGAACAAACUGGGCGCCUCACCGCCAAGCACGCGGUGGAGCUAGAGGAACUGAGGAGGAACUUGGAACAGGAGAAAGAGGAUGCUCUUUUGAAGGAGAGGCAGCUAGCUAGCUCCAGAAUGGAGAAACAGAUCCUGGAAUUGGAAAUAACGUACCAGGAGCAGCGCACGCGGCUGGUGGCAGACAUGCGUGCAGAGAACGACCGCGUCGCUGCAGAACUCGCUGACAGAGAGAAAUUGCUAAAGUUGGACUUUGAAAAGUAUAAAAGCGAACAAGAGAAACUGUUAGAUGAAAAGAGACGACAAAUAGAAAAAGAGGUUACGGAAGAGAAGGAAAAAUUAGAACAACAAUUAAAACUGAAACAAGAAGAAUUAGUACAGGAAUUCGAACAAUACAAGAAAGAUUACGAAGCCGAUCAACAAUUACUGUUAAAAAAGAAAGUGACGGAGAUAGCCGCGCAGCACAAGUUGGAGAGAGACCGAGAGAUCGAGAAAGCUAUCGAGAGCAUGGAAGCUGAAGCUCAGGCCGGAAGAAAAGAACUGCAAGAAGCGUUAAGGAGAAACAAGGAACAAUACGAGGCUGAGUUAAAAGAGCUCGCCGAGACUGAGCGCGCGACGCUGAAGCGAUACCAAGACGCGCAGGCGCGGAUUCGACAGACUGAAGAUAGGUGUGCGGAACUUGAAGUGACGAUAAGUCAACUUGAAACCAGAAACAGAGUUCUCGUCGAGAAAAACAAUCAGCUGGAGUCUCGCGCGGAGGAAGUGCGAGCGAGCUGCGAAGCUGCAUGGCGAGGGAGGGUGGACGCGCUGCAGAAGGAGAUUGAGGAUAUGAAGAAGACGCACGAGGAACAAAUGCAUCAGCUCUAUGCAAAGGUCAAAGUGGCGGUGGCCCGCAAGGAUUCCGCCAUUCAAGCUUUAACCAGAGAGACAGCCAAAUACCAGGAGAAACUCACUCUACUCGAGCAAAAAUUGCAGCAGCAACGAAAAGAUUUCCUCAAAUCUAAAUAAUAUCUACACCUGUUUAUAAAAAAAGUGUGUGUCAGCACCGACGCACGAGUGGAGUUUACUCUUUCAGAUCGACUGUCUAAAUAGGUGUAUGUUGCCCCGCAGCAUACACUAUGUGCGUGUCAACACUACGCCUAAAAAGUGAAAGGUGCGCAAUCGAGGAGCAGCAGUCCGCGGCGUGCGCGAAAGGUGCGCAGAAUAGGUUGCGCACAAAAAACGUAACGCUGUCUUUCGUUCAUCGAAUUUCACUGUCCAUAUUUUUUUCAUAACGGGGGGCUUUAUAUUAAAAAUCGAUUCUCAAGGAGUAAACUCCUAAAAAAAUGCUAUCACAACGCCACGCAAUCUAUGCAAGUAAAAAAUUGUCGAAUAUCUGUUGGAGAAAUUUCUCUUAUAAGCAGCGUCUACUAUGUUGAUUUUUCGAUUUUGCAUCCAAUCAAUUCAUACAUCAGACUUGUAUGAAUUUUUAAAACACACUUAAUAUUUUAAAUCGUAAUAAGGUGUGGGGGAAUUUAGUAUGCCUCACCCCUUGUGAGGGGUCCAUUAUCUUAACAUAUGACGUAAGUACUUUAUAAUUGACCCUAUAUAGAAUUUAAAGAGUGUGUAAUGAAGUCAAUUUGAUUUUCACAGAAAAUCAGUUAAAUCAAAAGAAUGUACAAGCUAUUUUUAUUUGUAGUCAUAUCAGUCAGAUAUUUUUAUUCUACUUUUUGUAGACGGUUUGUCUUUGGUUGUAGCGGUAAUAAAACGUGACGGGUAGCACACAGUGAUUGUAAGUAAGUACCAUUAUUUUGUGGUAGAGGAAACGCGGCCAUUUGACGGCCUCCGUGGCGCAGUGGUAUGCGCGGUGGAUUUACAAGACGGAGGUCCUGGGUUCGAUUCCCGGCUGGGCCUAUUGAGGUUUUCUUAAUUGGUCCAUGUCUGGCUGGUGGGAGGCUUCGGCCGUGGCUAGUUACAACACUACCGACAAAGACGUACCGCCAAGCGAUUUAGCAUUCCGGUACGAUGUCGUGUAGAAACCGAAAGGAGUGUGGAUUUUCAUCCUCCUCCUAACAAGUUAGGUCGCUUCCAUCUUAGAUUGCAUCAUCACUUACCGUCAUGUGAGAUUGUAGUCGAGGGCUAACUUGUAAAUAAUUUAAAAAAAAACACCUCGAGCAGGUCCCACGACUUGUAACCUUGAAUGUUAAUACAGGACCUCGAAACAGUAAGAUGUAUAUGUAUAGACAGGCGACCUAUUACGUGAAACUGUAGGAGCGUUAGCAAAACAGAAACAUGGUUAUGAAUGAUCAUCUCUCUGGGAGUGGUUGCUAACUGUUAUUUGGUUUUGUUAUUAUUCGGGUUUUGACUUUUAUAUCUGAACAAUUUAAGAAUGCGUUUCUUUUGUGCUGACGUUACUUUAUAUUAAGGUGCUGAUAUACUUGAGCAUUCACUUGUAACGAGCAUUCGUGCGAAUGUUACAUCACAGAAAAUUACUAGAACAUUCUAUCGAGCGUUCGCUAGAAAUCUCAAGAUGUUCGUAGUGAUAUUUGGCUCUAUACUCGGCACGUUAUUCAGUUCGACAAAUUUGAAAACGAUGAAUGCUUUUUUUAUUGUUUACAAGUUAGCCCUUGACUACAAUCUCACCUGAUGGUAAGUGAUGAUGCAAUCUAAGAUGGAAGCGGGCUAACUUGUUAGGAGAAGGAUGAAAAUCCACACCCCUUUCGGAUUCUACUUGACAUCGUACGGCCGAAGCCUCCCACCAGCUUGUUACAAUUGAAGGCUCAAGUCUAUCAGCACCUUUACACACACUUAAACAUAUUACAAUGAAUACAUUUAAAAACACACCGCCUUUCUCUUUUUUUCUUCUUCUCUUUCUCACCGUCACGGCAAGUUGAACAACUAUUCUUUAUUAGAAUUUAUGUUAAUCUUUGUAAUCCGUCCUGUUAGAAUAAUUUAAUGUGUACUUACUGAUGUAUGUUUAUUUAAUUUAUUUGAGUGUGCUCUUCACACUUGCUUGUGCAACUUUGAAAUUAUGUUUCUAUUAUAAUUUCGUGUUUGAAUUAAUACUAAGUAUUAUGUACGUGUGAUUAAAUGAAUUAAGUUUUA